GCACCUUGUUUUCUCAUAUUGUCACAUUAAAGGGGUAUUCUGACCUGAUGAAAAAAUAAAAUUAAAUAAAAAUAAUGCAGAAGCAUAUAGCAUUGCUUACCUGUCCGCCCCUGUUCUCAAACCACCAAUAAUUGAUUUGUUUUGUGGGUCUGUAAUCCUCUCCCCUACCAUGUCCUCAUACUACAUCCUGGUCGAGCAGUUGCUCAGUACUACACUCCCAGAAUACAUUACUCUUCCUCAGCUUCUCAUCACAGUACUCACCUGCCUACUUUACUCCCACAGCACUCCUGCCAGUUCCCCACCCAAAGCUGUUACAGAACAUUUCAGUACACAGGAGACUAUUACUUUGCAGUCAGUAAAUCUGCAGCACCUGUUGUAUGCUGCUCCUUGUCUGCUCCUCUCUCUGCCUGUGGCAUUGUUCUGUACAAGGCAGUAUGCUGGAAACACACCUCAUUGUUUCUAAAUGUCCCAAUAAAAGUAUAUGUUGAUAUAACAGGGAGAUGACGAUGACAUCACUCAGGGGGAGGGACUAGAACUCAGAGACAAGAUCCAGCCACGUCUCCUGAGACAGCAGAGGAUGGAUGUGUUGUCUUGGGACAGAGGGAGGAGCCAGGAGCUGCUGAUUCAAUACCACACUGACAAUGAAAGGAACAUACAACUUCCUGCCAGGAGAGAGGGAGGAGCCACAAAGCUGCUGAGACAACACCACACUGACAAUGAAAGGAACAUACCACUUCCUGUCAGGAGAGAAGCAGGAGCCACAAAGCUGCUGAGACAACACCACACUGACAGUGGGAACACUAUACAACCUCCUGUCAGGAAAGAGGGGGUAGCUGCUGAGCCAACACCAAUGAGAGGACUACACAACUUCCUGUCAGGGGGGAGUCAAGCAUAAGCACGUUGAAGCCAGAACAGACGGUAAUAACAUUAUAUUAAUAAGUUAUAUAUCUUGUGAUAGUCCAUUUAUUUAAAAAACAUUUUUCUUUAAUAAUGCACAACAUUUCUAGAAAGACCUGCACCCCCCUUUCUUCCUUGUCUGAAAGAUGGUGCGGCCCAGUGGUCAUCAUCAAAACUAAGUAAGAACGCCCCAUAAAGAGUGGCCUUAUGUCCCACAUCAAAACUAAAUAGGAAAAAAAUUAACCGUGGAACAGAAUUAACAGAAAAAAGAAAACGCUCCAGAAUGAACCCAUACACAAUAAAGCCUGGACACAAUAGAGUUAACUAGAAUAUGUCAUGCAGAGUCCAGAGAGUAACCAGACACACCCAACAACUCCUCAUUCCUAGGUUCAUACCAUUCCCUAGAACCAUGGACUCCGCAGAUCUGAAAGACGAGUUGACCUGCUCUAUCUGCCUGAACAUUUUUAGGGAUCCUGUAACCCUAAGAUGUGGACACAACUUCUGUCUGGAUUGUAUUGACCGUCUGCUGGGUGAACAGGACUCCACUGGGGUUUAUAAAUGUCCGGCCUGCAACAAAAUAUUCAGUGAGAGGCCAUCGCCACAGAGGAACGUUACCCUGAGCAGCAUAGCACAACGCUUCCUGUCUACGAAACCAGAGGAGGAGGAGGCGAUGGUGAUUCUCUGCAGUUACUGCAUUCACUCCUCAGUACCUGCUGUCAAGUCCUGCUUGCUGUGUGAAGCCUCUCUAUGUGAGGAUCACCUCAGAGUCCACAGCAAGUCCCCAGAACACGUCUUAUCUGAUCCCACCGCAGCCCCAGAGAUCACAAAAUGUUCUAUUCACAAGGAGAUCCUUAAGUAUUACUGCUCUGAGGAUGAGGAGUGCAUCUGUGUGUCUUGUUCCCUGGUUGGGAAACACAAAGGACAUUCCGUGGAUCUCCUUCCCGAUGCCGCUCAUACAAUGAAGGAACAGUUGAAUGAUAUCCAGGAGAACCUCACCAAGAUGAGAGAUGAGGCUGAGAACAAACUCCAGUUCCUACAGGACCGUAAGACGAAGCUUUCAGAGAAAGCUGCUGAGAUAAAACGGAGACAGACAGACAUUAUACGGAACAUUCGAAGUCAGCUCGACUUACUAGAAAUCCAAGUAGUGAGUGAGAUCUCCCAGCAGGAAGAAAAGGCUUCACUCUCACUGUCCGACCUAAUCCAGCAACUGGGAAAAGACAGGGAUGACCUGUCCACCAUUAUCGGGAACAUCAAGGAGAUUGAUGAUAUGACCGAUCCAUUAACCAUCUUACAAGAAGGUGCCUCCUACUUUCAGCAAGUGGACACAAACAAUGAGAAAACAGAAGAACCUAAUAUCCAGACAGUCGGGAACUUGGAUGAAGGUCUCAUCUCUGAGAUGAUCCAUACAAAAAUAUAUGAUAUAGUGAUGGGUAUAAAUGAUGACCUGCAUUGCCAUGAAGCUACAGGCUUGUCACUGGACUCUAACACAGCUUCUAAUAAUGUAUCCUUAUCGGAAGACUUUAAGUCUGCAUCUAGGACUGACGAUGGUCAAAAUGUCUACGAAAACCCAGGGAGAUUUACCACCCAUGCCCAGGUGUUAAGUACCAAGAGCUUUUCAUCAGGGCGGCACUACUGGGAGGUGGAAACCAAUCCAACAAAUUACUGGAUGAUGGGAAUGUGUUAUCCCAGUAUAGAGAGAAACGGGCCAAAGUCUUGGGUUGGAGCGAGCCAUAAGUCCUGGGGCCUACGGAGGGAAUACAAUAGAUAUUCAAUGAGCCAUGGUGGGAAAGUCAUCUCAUUGCCCACAUACAGUUCUGGUCAUAGAGUCAGAGUUUACCUGGAUUACGAGGCCGGGCGUCUGUCCUUUUAUGAGCUCUGUCACCCGUUAAAGCAUCUACACACCUUCAAAACCACGUUUACUGAGCCCCUCCACGUGGUCUUCUGUGUGUGGAACCAAUCCUGGUUAAGAUUCAGGAGCUAGAGAUCAGGUUAUCCCCCAAUUGUCUUCUCUCCAGAUACAGUAGUAACAAUUACGUUCCACGAUGCGACUGAAUAGUUAUAACACUUGACAGAGGAUGGAAACUAAACAAGCUCUGCUGGAUUAAAGGGGUACUCCGCUGCUCAGCCUUUGGAACAAACUGUUCGGAACGCUGGAGACGGCACCAUGAGCUCUUGUCAUCAUAGUCCGGCCCCCUCAU